AUGGCAAUGAAAAAUCCCCCAAUAUCCAAAUACGACGAGAUCAUUGAGUCGCCAAACGAUAGCAGCGGCCCUUUGACCUUUGGUAUCGAGCUAGAAUUCCUUGUCCCUUAUCUCAAAAAGGGUAUCGAAGACCCCGAUCCCCAGGACAAACGCCCUCCGAUAACGUACCGACGUCGUGAUGAUUUGCCUCCCCAAUUCCUCGCAGCUCUUAAGGCCUCGGCCCCUGAAAUUCCUUUUCGUUGUGGGGUCCAGGAAGCAGGUGCUGAGAAUGAUGGCCCUCCCAAUUACGAUGAGUGGCGCUUUCUCAGAGACAGUUCUGUUCGUUUUGGCCGGACGUCGGAGAUUUAUCAGUGGUCUGGACGAGAGAUUACCUCCGUGGUCAUGAGGGCUGAUGAUCCUGACUUCUACACUAAGUCGAUCACAAGCGUGUGUCGCGCUAUUCGAAGCACACGGGUUCACCUUAACGCUUCUACCUCGGUCCAUGUACACGUUGGGCGCGGCGAAGAAUCGUUUAGCCUCGUCACCAUGAAGAAAUUCGCCAGUCUGAUAUGGUUGGUAGAUGAGAUGUUGUUGAAACUACACCACCCGUCACGCCACGAAAAUCGGCACUGUAGUUUGAUCAAGACCUCUUCGAUACUGGGGACUACAAAUCUGAGUCUGCCAACGCCAAUAAGCGAAGCUGAUGCGCAGCAGAUGGACGAGUUUAUCCCAGCCUCUGCAGUGGCGCAAGUCACUGGGUUAGCUCAACAGGGGACUAAGGCUAUCGAAAGGCUAGCAUGCUGGAUGUGCAAUAGGGACCCCUAUCAAACAGUGUUCAACCGGACAAGCGUCAGCUUCAGCCGGUUUAUAUCCUGUCGCGGGAAGGGGAACCUGCACACCUUUGAGUUCCGCCAGAUGGCCGGCUGUCUGGAUCCCGGCCCCAUCAUGCACUGGGCCCGGGUCUGCAUCGCCCUCGUGGACUUUGCCAGACUCUCCGAUGCGGUGGCGUUCAGGGGAUUGGUGGAGAAGAUCUUGAAGGGGCGCGGCACUACUUUCACGGCGUUUGAUUUGCUUCGGGAGUUGGGCCUGGUGGAAGAGGAGAAGUAUUUUAGGCAGAGCGUGGCGGGAUACAAGACGAUGUUUGGGCUGUACCCUGGAGCGGAGGCAGGGAAGCUGUUCCUGGAUCCGAUGGAUUUCAAAAAUUUCCAUCGCCUGCACCACGAAGUGCCCAGAACAACUUCUCUUAUCGGACCCCAGGUCGACGGUGACAACGUUCCCGUCCGCGGGGACAAGACCACCUCCCAAAUUCCCAGCGUGAAGCCGCUCAACACCCCGUGCCAAGACACCGCCCGCUAG